AUGGUCCUACAACUGCAUGUGUGGGGGCCGGCCUUUGCGCUGCCCUCAAUCGAUGCGCAAUGCCUCGCCGCAAUCGCGUAUUGCUCCCUGUCCCUUCCCAAGGACUCUUGGGAGCUGAUUGCCAGCAGCGAUCCCUCCGUCUCCCCUACCGGUGAGCUACCGGCCCUGCAGAAUGGUUCGACCUGGGUGAGCCGCUUCCGCAACAUCGUGGAUUAUCUCCGCCAGUACUCGGACGGCGCAUGGGAUCUCGAUCGGCAGUUGGACGAAUCAGACCGGGCCGAUAAUACUGCGUUCGCCUCCUUCGUUGAAUCUCGUGGCCAGUCCCUCGUCGACCUUUCUCUCUACGUCAGCAGCCAGAACUAUCACAACAACACCUCACCUGCCUACGGUAGCAUCCUCCAAUGGCCGAACCAGUGGAUUCUCCCACCGAAGCUGCAUGGCGCCGCCAAAGCCCGUACCGAACAUCUGGGUCUCUCGUCGCUGGACCUACAGGCCAUGGAAGAACAGCGGCAGCGCGAGCACUCCGCCGCCGUGGCCGCCGGGAAAGUCCCCAAGAGCCUCAUCCAGCGGCCGCGUGAUACCGUGACAAGUCUACUCGGCCGUAGCUCCUCGCAGAACCACUUCCGGCUGGAAGCCUUGACGGCCGAUUUCUUCGAGCCGCUGGAGGCUAUGCUGGGCCAGAAGGCGUACCUGCUCACCUUGAAGGAGGACGAUCUACCAUCCAGUCUGGACUGCAUCGCGCUCGGCUAUCUUUCUCUGGCCCUUGUGCCCGAACUCUCUUUCCCUUGGUUGCGCGACGCCAUGCGCGCCAAGGCCCCGCUUCUCUCGGCGUACACCGAGCGUCUGCGACGACGCUGCUUCGGCGAUGUACCGGUGGAAGUCGCGCAUGCCUUUUCGCCACAGUCAGCCUCGGCUUCUUCGCUGCCCUGGCGCGCCCCCGAGCGCAUCUCCGUCACUGCUGUCGGUAGCACCCUCCUCGCUACAUUGGCGGACUCUACUCCGUUCCUGAGCGAGAUCCGCAGGAAUAAUCGUCUGAAGCAAGCUGCGGAGGAUUCGGACUUGACAUCUAUUGAAAAGGGAGCUGUUUCAAUGUAUGCCGAUUCCAGCAAAAGGGACAUGUAUGUGUCCAUCGCGGCGGGGGUGGGUGGUAUCGUCGCUCUCGUGGGCUACAUGUUUCAUGUAGGUUUGAUUUCCGUCUCCAGUCAGGAGCAGGAGUCCGAUGGAGAAGAAGAGGAGGAGGAGGAGGAGGCAGUCCCGGACUUUGCAACUAUCUCAGCAGGCGACUUCCUCGGAUUAUAA